UUUGUGCAGUCUUUUUUUUUUUUUUUUUUUCUCCUUUCCUUUCCCCUCAACUCUUCCCUCUCUUCUCAAUCAAAUCACCUCCGUUCGCGUUUGAUUCAUUCCCUGUGCUGUCGACCAUGUCCGCCAUCCCCGGUCUUGUGACGAUUAAUCGCGAUCGCGUUCAAGGGCUCUUGAAUGCAUACAUCCAAUAUGACGGCGCAUUCCUCGUUCGACCCAGCGAGAGCAUUGCCGGAACCUACUCGAUCGGCGUCAUCUCGAAGGGCGUCAUCAAGCACUUUAAGAUUCACGUUGACGAUUCAAAACAAGUGUACAUCUCCAAGAAAAAGUUUUCCUCCGUGCCCGAGCUUGUGCUGUACUACAUGCAGCGACCCAUUCGCACAAACAAGUCGGACGACCCCGUCAUUCUGAAGGUGCCAAUCUCGACCGAUCCCGCGAGCGCCAACCGCAACGCCCUGCUUGUCCAGCAAACCACUGCGACCCGAGAGCGCCUGAUGGCCGCCGGACCACAACGCACGACCGCCAACAACAACCCACCGCCGGUGCCUGGCACACAGCGACCCCCUUCGACCAUUUCGAACGGUGGCGGCACGCUGCGCCUCAGCGGCGGCGUUCCCCCGCCCAAGGCCCCGCGCCCGUCGGACAUGGCUGGCCCCGCACAAGAAAUGCUGCUGCCUGGCCAGCGCAUGGCAUUGCACCAGCCGAUCGUCAACACCACUGGGCGGUUGCCUCGCCCAAACACAGAGUCUCCUCCACCGCUGCCCCGCCGCCAGUCUGUGCGCGGCGCGAGCUUUGGCGCCGAGGAGCAGGCACCUGUCAUUCCGCCAAAAUCGCUCGUGCAUCGCACAGCGUCUCUGCCCGAGGAAAUUGCACCCCCACGGCCACCAAAGCCAGGCCAAGCCGCACCGGGCUCGCCGUCCGCUCCCGCGCAGCCUGCUACUCCCCCAGUAGUGAUGCGCAACGCAAAGCCUGCACACCUUUCGGUCACGCCGGGCAACUUUAACUCAGUUAUGGCCGCUGCUGGCCCCCACUCCCCGCUGCCUUCGUCAAACAAUGACAUUGCGCCACCCCGGCCAGCGUCCAAGGCGCCGCCACCGCCGCCGUCCGCUGCAAGCGCAGUGUCCCAACCGACCAGCAACGAAUUCAAGCCGCCACGGCCAACGUCGAUGGCGCCCGCGCCGCCAACGCAACCUCCGUCGGCACAAACGCCCCUCGGUACUUCACCGGUCGGCACGUCUCCUGCACCUUCGGCUCUGCCGUCGCUGAGCUUCCUGGACGGCCCGCUCGCCCAACUAGACGAGUACAUGAACAUGGACCCCAUUAACGCACCAGCGCCUUACUCGGAUGCUGGAGAGGACAUUUACGGCACGAGCGACGACGUGCACCAAACAGAGGAGCAAAAGCAAAUCAUUGAAGAGUACUACAUGUCGCGCGCAGAGAUUUACGUGGACAGCAAGUCAGGCCAACAAUUCUUCAUCGACCCGGCAGUGUUUGCGGCACCGGCUGCCGCCGAGGCCGAGCCCGAAGCCUUGGCUGAGGUGGACGAGACGGCUGAUGCUGAUGCUGCUGCUUCCGCCGCGCCGCCAGCGCCGCCGUCCUUCACUGCCCCGCCCCCACCGCCGCCGCCCAUGAUGGCCAUGCCCGAGUUUACGCCCUUGGUUUUGCCACCACCCGGUGAGCGCAGGGAGAUUGCGCCUGCCGUCCCCGAUGCUCGCGACAGUCUGCUGAGCGCCAUUCGAGGACACACUGGCCAACUCAAGAAGGUCGAGCCGGCGCCCCAGCUGCAGCGUCAAAACACCGCCUCCGCCAACAGCAUGGCCGAGUCUCUUGCCAAGAUUGUUGCCCGGUACGACGCUCUGGGCGACUCGGACGACGACGAUGAGGUCGAGGAAGUCAACGACGAUGAUUGGGAUUGAAGCAGCACAGCCUUGAUUCAUCUUGUUUGUCGUCUUCCUCCUCGGCGAUUGCUUGGCCUUCUUUUUGUUGGGACUUUUUUUCUUUGUUUCAAAUAGUUCUUUGAUGUUUGUUUGUCGUCAUUGUGGUUGCCCGUCCACCAAGCGAUGUCUCGCUGAUCGUUUCAAUUGGUGGACUUUUGUCAUUGUGGAUGUGUUUUUCUUCUUCUUGUUUUUAAUACUUUAAUCUGCACCUCGCUUUUAUUCAAA